AUAUUUUGUGAUUGAUCUCUAGUUUUCAUAACUAUUGUUUCAGUCGAUGUGCUCAAAUACGGCUCGUUCAUAAGAUGGCGGCCGUAUUUAUUCAUUCCUACCUUUACUUCCAGUGUACCGUGGUUGUAAGGUAGAUUCGAAACGAAAGUUUCUUCGGUCGUGCAUACUUUAUUUUUUGUGUUUAUAUCAUUAUCAAAAGCCUUUUGUCGGAAAACACAAUAUUGAACAGGGAGUUCUACUGCCGCUAACCAUGGCGUCUACGCCUCCCCCUAAAAAAGGGAAAACCAAACCAAUUAUAUCAACAUACGUGCAAGAGACACCUACUGUUGCUCUUCAAGUCAAUACCAAUGUCGAAGAAGACCAGGACGGGGGAGUGACUUAUUUUGUGGACGAAGAAGGAAGAUACUACUACCAGCCGGCUGGUGAUAACCAGAGCAUUGUUUCAUUGCCUACUGCUGUGACUGAAGAGCCUGAGAACAUAGCAGAGGAUGAACAAAUGUUGGUCGACGCUGAUAGCUACCAAACAGUUACUUUGGUGCCAUCGGAGAGCAGCAAUGGUGAAGUUAGCUAUGUGCUUGUUGUACAAGAAGACAACAAACCUGAUGUCAAUAUUGACAUAAAGGUUGAUCAGGAAAAACUGAAUGCGGAGGAAGAGGAGGAGAAAGGAAAUGACGAUGUAUACAACUUCGAGGAUGAAGAGACAAACGGUGAGGGCACCGACGAAGGUAACGAUGACAACGCUGGAGGCGCGAAGCCUGCAGGUUCAUCCAAGAGGAAGUACGUGCGUCCUCACUUCACCUGCACAUUCUGUGCCUACACCAGUCACAGGCGCUAUUUGCUGUUGCGUCACAUGAGGACGCACUCGGAGGACCGUCCUCACAAAUGCACGGUCUGCGAGCGGGGCUUCAAGACCACUGCCUCCCUGCAGAACCACUUGAACAUGCAUAAUGGCUUCAAGCCACACAUCUGCAAGUAUUGCAACAAUCCGUUCACCACUUCUGGUGAGCUGGUGCGACAUGUGCGUUACAAGCACACCCACGAGAAGCCCCACAAGUGCACUGAGUGCAACUACGCUUCUGUGGAGCUGUCCAAACUGCGACGCCAUGUCCGCUGCCACACUGGCGAGCGACCCUAUCAGUGCCCCAACUGCACGUACGCGUCCCCGGACACGUUCAAGCUGAAGCGCCACCUGCGCACGCACACGGGCGAGAAGCCGUACAAGUGCGAGCACUGCAACAUGUGCUUCACGCAGUCCAACUCGCUCAAGGCGCACAAGCUCAUCCACAAUGUGUCCGAGAAACCGGUGUACGCUUGCGAGCUGUGCCCGGCCAAGUGCGGUCGCAAGACCGACCUGCGAAUACACGUGCAGAAGCUGCACACGUCUGACAAGCCGCUGAAGUGCAAGCGCUGCGGCAAGUCGUUCCCCGACCGAUAUUCUUGCAAGAUUCACAACAAGACACAUGAGGGCGAGAAGUGUUUCAAGUGCGAGCUUUGCCCCUACGCUUCGACGACUAUGCGCCACCUCAAGUCUCACAUGUUCAAGCACACUGAUGAGAAGCCAUUCGACUGCGAUGAAUGCGACCAGUCCUUCAGGCAAAAGCAACUGCUGAGGCGGCACCAGAACCUCUACCAUAACCCGAACUACGUGCCGAAGCCGCCCAAAGAGAAGACACACACGUGCCACGAGUGCCAACGUAGUUUCGCCCACAAAGGCAACCUGAUCCGGCACCUAGCCGUGCACGAUCCCGAUUCGGGACACCAAGAAAGGGCCCUGGCUCUGAAACUCGGCCGCCAGCGGAAAGUGAAAUACGUCGACAACCUGGAGGAUUUGCAAACCGAGGAUAUGCAGGAGGACGAAGAGCGAGAGGAAGACGGCGCGAACAUCGUGCGGCUGAGCUCUAACGACCUGCGGCGCGGCGAACUGGUCUCGGUGGAGGACGACAACCAGCAGUACGUCGUGCUUGAGGUCAUCCAGCUGGAAGACGGCACCGAGCAUCAAGUGGCUGUGGUGCCACCAGAGUUCAUCUAUGAACAAGAAGACGAAGAGGAGGAUGAUGACGACGAGGGGCCCGUUAUGCCGAGGAAGCUGUACAAGGACCGGCUGAAGAAGGCUAUCCAGCCGGCCCGCGAGCUCCCCAAGAGCAUCAAGCUCGAGAACGACGUUGAGACCUGCUUCGGCUUUGACGAAGAAGAUGAACCCGAGGAAGAAGAAGUUAAUUUUGACGAAAAGGUAGUGCUGCGUAUUGUCCAGUAAAUUGGUUCGGAUAACGUCGUGGAUCUUCUUUAUUUAAAGAUACACGACACGUGUCGGUAUUAAAAUUACAUUACUUUGGUUCCUGAUUACCUGAUUAGUUAUGGCACGAUUAUUGCCUUGAAGGCGCUAAUUUUACAAACUGGAUAUGUCGUGAUGUCAUCAUGAUACGUCGAUGGUUAUAAUGAUAACCCAAUGCGUAGAAGUAGACUGCUAUAUAAACAGUAGACUCCUUGGUUUAGAAGAAUGUCUUAUUUGUGUAACACGAGGCAGACUUUUCUCUUAGAGAAAUAAAGACACAUCAUAUUAUAUUUUUGCACAGAUAAGUAGUGGCUGGUACAUCACCGGUCUGUGUAGAUUAGAGCGAGUAACAAAUUGAUACGGCGGUAUGAAAGCUACAUUAAGCUAUGUAUCAAAGAUACUGAAAUUGGGUGGAUUCUCAGCGGACUGAGAUGAUAGGUAGAUUAAACGUGCA